CCGCUCACUCACACCCCGCGCGCGACUCGCGGCCGCCGCACGUCCGACUGCGCGUGCCAGUGUUUUCGUGUGAUACAGUGUGAUGUUGUGAUAGUGCAGUGUCGCAAUGGAGUCGACGCCGAUCUGUAGGUGUCGCGUUCUAUACUUGGGAUCCGCGGUGCCCCAGCAGAGCAAGGACGGCCUCCAGGGCAUACAGGAACCUUUGCGAGAAUUGUACCCGGAUAAGGGCGCGACCAGCGGCGGCAUCGACUCGUGGCUCUCGGUCUGGUCCAACGGGAUAUUGUUGGAGAAUGUAGACGAGAGCGGCUCGCGGGUGGCCAGGUUUUUUCCUAUUUCGAGUCUGCAUUACUGCGCGGCUGUGCGCCGGGUCACCGUCGAGGGUGCCCCGAGAUUCCUACCUUUAGAUUCCCCGUUCGCGAGAGCCCCGGCGCCGCGGCGCCCGCCUCUCUUCGCGGCCGUCUUAAGACGUACUCAGGGCAUUAAGGUCCUGGAAUGUCACGCCUUUAUCUGCCGGCGCGAGGCCGCCGCCAACGCUCUAGUCCGCUGCUGCUUCCACGCGUACGCCGACAGUUCUUACGCUAAGCGUUUAGAAGCAGAACGAUCCCCGACAACGCUUCCACCCGAACCUGAUGAGGAACUCGAAGUAUACGAUGGCGACGAGAACCAUAAAGUGUGGGUGGGCGAGGUGGAGCGCGAUGAUGCUAGCGACGACAUCCCGCAUCCUACUCGAGCCCCACGACCGCGCCAGAUCACGCGGCCGGCCUCUGUGCCACCGCCACCGCCGCCCCCGGAAGAACCUAAAAAGAAGCUAACCACAAAAAAGAACAAGAAGAAGUCUUCGGCCUCGGCCGACGAGUUAUACGCGACUAUGCCGGGACCGGCACCGAUGAUGAACGGCAGAUCGUUAGGACGAGCCCCGCCGGCGUGGGCGGGCGGGCACCCCAUGGUGCUGCUGGCGCACCCGGCGGCCACGCUGCCGCACGCGCGCGCGGCCACGCUGGCCCACCGCGGCCGCAUGCCGGCCGGGAUGCCGCCCGGCCCGUUCCCGCCCGGCCCGCCGCCCGGCCGCGGCCGCCUGCAGUACGCCACUGUCGACCCUCGCCGCUCCAAGCCGCAACCCCCACCGUCUAUGAAAGCCGCUCAAAGUAUGACUACCUUAGAAGCUGUAGAAGACGCCGGAGGCAUUUACAGAAAGAAAGGACACUUGAAUGAGCGCGCGUUCUCGUACAGCAUCCGACAGGAACACCGGAGCAGGUCCCAUGGAUCUCUCGCCAACCUGAAAUUCGCUGCUCCACCAGAGGUGGAGACAGGUCGCGAGGAACUGAAGAAGGAGCGGGAGAUCAUGCAGCUGGUAGCGGGGCUGCAGCUAGGUCCUGACGAGGUGGACCGGAGAGAAGUGCCACCUCAUCUGCUCAGAGCGAGACACGCACCUAGAUAACACGACCUCACUUGCGACAUCUACCGGCGCAUCGAAGAACUUUCUACAGGAUAGCGAGCAUCCUACCGGCACGGCACUUACCUCGACUUGGUUCCAAACACGACCACGCAGACCAAACGUGUGCCGCUCCAUCGAGCUCUAAGUCCGUGCGUUAAGGUCGAAACUCUCUUGUACAAUGUGGCUGUAACAAUAUAUUUUACGGCAAUAGGAUAGCGAUUGCCAAAUCGAUUGGCUAUAAUCGUAUCGAUUUGGCACGAAUGUAUAGUCAGCUGCAGAAUCUGAUCCUCCCUGCAUAUUAAUAUAAAGGGCUCAUUACAAUCAUCGUGCCGUCGGGCCUUAAGAUCGUAGCCGAGAUCGGGUCCGAGUAAAAUUGUUUUCUGUUUCACGAGAUAUAAGAACAUCAUUAACAAUAUUUGAUAUGUUUGACUUUGUCUCGAAUUGCCAAAAAUGUUUAAUGUUUGAUAUUUUUGCAGUUAACAAUUUUUUUGCAUCAAGAAAUAUUGCAAACGACGUGUGAUACGGAAAAAACCCUUGCAAGAGUCAUGGGGCCCAACAUGGGCAACGAUGUCGCUUCCGACCGUUAGCCAUCCGAAGGCAGGAUGAGUGUAAUAAGCCCUUAAGGCGAGUCAGAGGGCGUAGCAAAGGUGACAAUAGUUCAUCAUAAAUGUUAAUUGAAAAUUAGAAAAUGUAUCGAGAUAAGAGAUAAAACGUAUAUAUUGGUUUUCAUAUUUAUUAUCAGUUACUUUUCGAUAGGCGUUGAUGAUUAAUGAUUAUUACUUUGGCUAUGACCCCUGGGUGCGUAGACAAGAUGCCAAUCGUUUACGCUCCGUAGCGAAUGAAAUGCAACUGUCACUGUCGCACUAAUAUGGAAGAGUAACAGAGAGAGAGAGAUAACUACGCUACGCUACGGAGCGUGAACGAUUGGCAUCUUGUGUAAACCCUGGUAUCUCUGCAGCCGAUUGUACCUAUCAGAUGUAAGUAUUGUAAGCGAAUAGAUUUAGGUACAGAUUUAUUUUUUUAUAUCAAUGUAGGUAAUACUGAUUUGGGAUCAAAGUUUCUUUUGAGUCUUAAGAAUUAUGAGGGGGAUAAUUUAGAGAAGGUUUUGUAUUUUCGAAACGGUUCAUAAAUUUAUAGGUCAAGAAACAUGCGCUAACCUACUUAAAAAAAUUAAAAAUGUAUUAAUAACAGCACGAAAACUAUUGUUUAUAUUAUAAAAGUAGUCAAUUUGUCAAAAUUUUGCAUCUGCUCUCAUGAAUACACCUAUAAAUAAACCUCAAGGCUUCUACAGGAGUUUCAACAAAUGGUAUGCGAUUUUAGAAAAUUGCAACGAAAACAAUCGAUCGAAUGCCGCAAUGUAUUGCAAAUCGCAUGCCAUUAUCGGUGAUGUUUGUAGAGGCCAUUAUUGUGUAUAUAUUGUGUAUAGUUGCGGAAUCACAAAAUUUUGUUUCUACGUCAAAUGCUUACCGCACAGAUAAGUAAAGCUAUUUUGAAAAUAAUAUUUAUGUCACACAACUCACGCAAGGAUAUUGUAACAAACAUAUUUAGUAGAAUUUCUGAAAUCAGUAUUCCUACUUGAGAUCUUUGGCGCAAAUAUGAUUUUAUAUUUUUAAAUAUGUCAACCAAGGAAAUGUUUUAAAAUGUUAGAAUAUGUUUUAUAGCUAUAGUUCGCGACCUGUAAUAUAGGUAAAGACAAUUAGAUUCUAUACCAGUUGCAAUUCAAGAACUCCACAGACCUUGCAACAAAUCGAAUGCGAAAGCUAUACUUAACAUGCGAUAAAUGCGACACAUUUGCGACUAUGUAGCUGCAGUGCAAUCUAUUUAAUCGAUCGUUAAAAUGCUGCAAUGUAUCGAAAAUUGCAUGCGAUUUGUUGCAAGGUUAGAGUCACUCCACACUAGCGUCUUUUGAGCGUCGGCGUCAAGUCAGCGCUAUGGAAAAUGGCGUCGCUGCUGCGCAGUUGCGCCAACGUUAAGUGGAGCAGCAGCCAUAGAGUUGACUAGACGCCGACGCUCGGUAGACGCUUGUGUGAGGUGGCUCUACAGGGCAACUACACACCAAUUGCGCAGAUGACGUGCAGUUCACACGCACGUUAUAGUUUUUCAGCCCUAAUAAAAAAAUGAUUGUGGUUAAAGGGAGCCACUAUGAUAAAUAAAACAAAGAUAAUGAAUUUUUUGUACAAAAAGAGUUCAGAGCGAGGGGCAUGGUGCAUGUACUGUAUAUAUAAUGAUUAUAUGUUUCUUUAGACAUGGCUAAUUUGUAAUCUAAUGUUUAUCAAUUAAUACAAGAAUGCACUAUAAUUUUCUCUACUUACUAGACAUUUAUUAUGAGAACUUAAAAAUCCUCAUUCUAGUGAUUAUCUUUAAGAUGAUUUAUCUAUUAUGUAUUACUUACGCCUCCACUUCGCAGUUCUUAUAUUUACAGAGAUUUCAGAACAAUUAAAUAUUACACGUAGAAAAAGUUACAACAAAACAAGUUUAUGUUUUUGGCCAUGUCUAAAAAUACUAGACUGCAUGUAGUUAGUACAUACUUAAAUAAUGUGACAUUCCAUAAUUAUAAAAAAAUCGUUGUGUACCGCAUUUCUUAUAUUGUAACACACUACAACGAUAUUUUAUGUACUCAGUUAUUUUAUAUAGUUAUUGCUCAUUUCCGUGCUCAUUUAUAAUGGGUUAUAUGUGUCGAUUGUUAUGAAACUUUCUUAAUUCACUUUUAUAAAGAUUAGAAUAAAAAGUGGACUCAUGUAUAGUAAACUGCAGAGAUAACUGGCCCCCUUGCAUAGAAACUUGGACGCAGGGGGGUCAGUUACUUCUGCAGCUUACUGUACGGUGUUGACUGUCGAGUAACAGAAAAUCUACAGUAAAAACAUAAACAGGAAAAAUUGCGAUCGACGCACAGGUAUGUUUAUUUUUCCAUUAAUGUGAAGAAUGUGGAACAGAUUAAAUGUGUAAGUAGAUACGAGUUUGGCAUACGGCGAGUAACUGUUGGUACAAGUAAUAAAAUGCCUUGGGUUGACACUAAAAUGAUUGUCCCAGUAGUACAAAUGUAAAAGGGACAUGCUUAUUUUAGUUUCAUGUAAGUAUCUAUAGUGAAGUAACAAUAUAGUUACGGGCCGAUUUAAUUUUGGUGGUUUUUUUUUCGUUACACUUGACUACUUAGAUCAAAUUUGGUGGGAUAGAUAUAGUUCCCUAUUCUGUACAAUAUUUCCUAAAAAUCUUCCUGAGUUACGAAAACGUAUGGAAAUUUCGUAACUAAACGGAAAGCUACAUGCAUUUUAUUAAAGACAACUUCUGUUUUUUUUUAUUAGUCCGCCCGAGGAGGAGCUUUUCAAACCAAUCCAAUUUUAUAGAAAUGUAAUGAAAAAAGAAAUCGACAAAUAAGUAAAAAUCGGACCAUAAAUUGCUCAGAAAGAGUCAUACUUAAUAUAAAAAAAUGGUUCAGAGUAACUGAGUUUUACGGUAUUUUGCGGGACGAGCCUCAAUUGAAAUAAAAUCAAAAUUCCAACAACUUAAAAACGACGUAUGCCACUUGAACCAACUUUCGUGAAUUGACCUGUACACGGCGUCCUAAGACUAUGGGACAUCAAGGGAAAAUACUAUGUUACUUAAGAAGAUUUAUUAUUUUUUGUCCAUUCUUUCGAUUGGCAUCAUAAAAAUGGGGGUGAUUUUUUUUCACAUUUAAGUAGGUUCGAUUCCCAGACGAAGCAAGUAAAUCUUAGAAAAUCUUUAAAUGCAGAAUUACUGACUUUUAAAAAUAACAUAAAGUCUUCUUUCAAAAAAAUAUCCUAUCUACGAUAUUUAAGGUACUUUCCCUUGAUGUCCCAUAGUCUUGGGACACCAUGUAUAAUAACAUAUUUCUUGUUUUAUACCUAACUUGAAACUUGAUACUGGUUUGUUAUGUGCAUGCGAAAUGAAGUCACGUCCUGCGUGAGAUGCGCGCCUGUCACCAACACGAUCGUCAAGGUCGUUUCAAAACCAGUUCAAAACCAUAAAUCAGAAUCGACCUCAGGGAAGACAUUUUUCUGACAUGAGUAAACCCGCCGUGUGCCAGACAGACUUUUGUAUUGUAAAUAUUAUCGAAUAAUCCAUAUAAUAAAUUAAUAUAGUGCAUCUGCAUUAUAAUUUGUCAUUUAGGCUAUGAGUGCCAUCAACGUUAUUCGUUGGGUUUUAAAAUUAAUUAUAUUUUUUUAAAUAUCUUGUUACGUUUCUCAAUGUAUAAAACAUUCCAUUGUAUAUAUAGAAAUGUUUUAGUAAUAAAAUCUUUAAUCUUUUCAACGAGUAGACAACGAUGUAUUCAAAUCCAUAUUAAAUAUAAUUCUUAAAUUAAUAAAUAGUCGUUAAUUAAUAAAA